CACGCACACGCACCAGGAGGAUGCUGCCUCGGUUUAGAAAACAGAGGAGCUGAAGAAGAAGAGGAACCGGGCACCGACUCCAGGAUCCACCGGGCACCGACACCAGGAUCCACCGGGCACCGACUCCAGGAUCCACCGGGCACCGACUCCAGGAUUCACCGGGCACCGACACCAGGAUCCACCGACCGGGACCGACACCAGGAUUCACCGGGCACCGACACCAGGAUCCACCGGGCACCGACUCCAGGAUCCACCGGGCACCGACACCAGGAUCCACCGGGCACCAACUCCAGGAUUCACGGGACCGACCGACCUCCAGGAUUCACCGGGACCGACACCAGGAUCCACCGGGCACCGACACCAGGAUUCACCGGGCACCGACACCAGGAUCCACCGGGCACCGACACCAGGAUUCACCGGGACCGACACCAGGAUCCACCGGGCACCGACACCAGGAUUCACCGGGACCGACACCAGGAUCCACCGGGCACCGAGCUACCGGCGGCCGGGCUGCACCUCCUCCCCGUCGGUGAGAGAACCGGAGGAAGGAUGAAGAAAAGCAGCCAGAGCAGGAGAGGCGUUCAGGACUCGGGUCAGCCGGCGGUUCAGCAGCUGGAGAAGGUCGGCUGGAUCAGGAAGUUCUGCGGUCGAGGAAUCUUCAGAGAACUGUGGAGGAACCGAUACGUGGUUCUGAGAGGAGACCACCUCUACAUCUCUGACAAGGAGGUGAAAGACGAGCGUAAAGCGCAGGAAGUGAUCGACCUGGCUGAUUACGAGCGUUCGGAGGAGCUGAGGAAAGCAAAGAGUCGCAGCAAGAAGAACCACAGUCGCUUCACGUUGCUGCGCUGCAGACGGCCAGGAAACACGGUUCCGAACCUCGUGUUUCUAGCAGUGAGUCCUGAAGAAAAGGAAUCAUGGGUCAACGUCCUCAAUGUGGCAAUAAUCAAAGCUAAGAACCGAGUUUUAGACGAGGUGACCAUCGAGGAGAACAGUGCGCUGGCUCAUCCCACCAGAGACCGAGCAAAGAUCCCUCAUGGCCGUCGGCUGCCGACCAGAGGUCACCUCCUGGCUGUGGCGUCUACCUCCUCCCAUGGCAUGCUGACCCUCGACCUGGUUGCUGAGGAGGACGGUUUCUCCCCGGACUACGAUGGCAACUCUAAGGAAUCCUGGCAGAACUUUCGGGUCGACCUGCAGAAGGGGGGACAGGUUGUAGGAUCUCGGGGGGUCGGGGGUCGUCAGCGGGCCGGCACCGAUGUCUCAAAACUCAGGGUGACCUCCAAGGAGCCCAAGGUGAAGACUGGCAGUCUGCCCAGAGGUAGUGAGUGGUCCUGGGGUAAACAGUCCCACCUGGAGGCCUCCAAGGUUCAGAAGACCCAGCAGGUGCAGGCUCAGUCUCGAACUCCACAACCCGGAAAGAGGUUCAGCAUGCAGGGCCGGAGUCGCUGUGCCUCCAUGGAUGAAGUCCUUUCCUCCAGACCGGCGAUGAUUCGUUCGGAGUUGCGGUCCGUUCUUCGCCGUUGUCCCACUGAAGAGGAGGCCGGGGGCGGGGCUUCGGUGCAGCCGGUCGGUCAGCUGCAGAGCCUCAUUGCUCAGAGGAUGCAACGAGCUCAGGAGCUGCUGGAGGAGAUGAGACUGCAGGAAUUGCAAAAAGCCAAAGCAGAGCGAGAGCGAGGCGGCAGCUCACCGUACCUGAAGGGCAUCGACUCCCCUCGACUCCAUCACCUCAGGGGCUCUGACUCUCCUCACUCCAGUAAGUCAUCAGGUUCUCCGAGGAGCAGGAGCAGCGACUCUCCUCGCCUCAGGGGCAAGGAUUCUCCACGUCUGAGAGGAAGAGAGUCUCCUCGGUCCAAAGCCAAGAAGAACCGCUGCAAAGGGGCUGACUCACCUCGCUCAAGAGGAUCCCAUUCCCCUGCUGCGAAAGCAAAUGACUCCCCUCGACUGAAAGAUUCACCUCGACUGACGACCACAGAGUCUCCACGAUCAAAGAGCUCCGACACCGUUUGUUCUCCAAAUCUCAAGAGCUCCUCCAGCUCCUCUGUUCCCAACAAGGACGACUCCCCCCCGAGCGGAAGAGGAUCAGACUCCUCUGGGGUUAAAGGAUCAGAUUCUCCACAAGGCAGCGAAACGGACUCACCUUGUCUGGACAGCAGCAAGGAGUCGCCCUGUCAGAGUCAGAAGAACUCCCCAAGUUUCUCUGGAUUCUGUGAGUCAUCUCAGGCCGAAACGUCCGACCAACAGUGUUUGUCUCCAUCUUCACCAGCCUCACCUCCCUUCCUGCUGUCGGAAGAGGAGUUGGAGGUGGAAAGGAGGCGCGCUGAGGCAGAGCGGCUCCUGGAGGAGGCCGUGUCCUCUUGGAAAGAGGCUCAGGAGGUGCUGCAGGAGGUGAAGGAUCUGCAGAGCCAGACGCUGCGGCGACAGCGUAGGAGGACCUACGAGAAGAUGACCACAGCGACGGUGGCGGGUUCGCCCACAGCGAGUUCUGCAGCAGAGGACGACGACACGCCGGCCUCGCCGACGCCACCUGAGGACGACGACGAGUCCGAGACACCUUGACAACUGUUUUUUCUUUUCCAAAAAGCUGAAACGUUUUUCCGCAAGAGUGUGCACAAAUUGCAGACAUGGUUUUAAAACAUUCAGGAGUUUUAAUUCUAUCCCUAAAAUGUUUUUCAUCUUUUAAUGCGAGGACAGUGGGAUUCACAUAAACACUUAAGCAAAUGUGGAUUAUUUCCAAACCAGCAAUCUACAGUUCUUCCCAGGAGGUUGAAAGACUUUAAUCCUCUACAAUGCACUAGACCGACUCUGUGUGAGACGCGUCACACUUCACUGUGAAUGGUUCUGCAUGUUUUCCUCUCGGUUUGUUGAAGGUGGAAAGAUUCUGCGUUGAUUUUGGACAUUUCUUCCCCUCGUGAGUUUUUUUGAAAAGAUGAAAAUUUGUUUCUAAACAAGGAUGUCAACAUUUUUACAAUGAGUCUUUUUCAAUCACGGCACUAAAGAGCACUAUGUUUCCUAGGGGGCUGUAAAUGUCUUUUUAUAAGGGUCGACUGAAAAUUGAUGCUGAUCAAUAAGAACUUAAUUAUCUGUCACCUGAUUUAUUUGCUAAUUAUUAUCAUGUCUCUUAUUGUCUUUUUUGACAUUUCUGUCAAAUUCUAAAUCUACAAUUUAUUCGUAGCCUCAAAAAAACUUCUUCCAACUUACUUUCAAUAUUUUAAACUCGAGACUUUUUAACAUUGAGUUUUGUCAAACUACAACAAAACUCAGGGAGUGAAGAGAAAAUAAGCAAUAAUGUCGAUAAGGGACGAAGACGCGUUUACAUGUUCAUCAAAUCUGAGCUGAAACAGGAAACAUCUGUUCGACUCACUCUGUGAAUCACGAGGUUUUAUGUGAAAGAAAACUUAUAUUCAACAAAAAACACAAACUGAAAUCCUGAUGGUCCGAUGGUUAGAUUCUGACUCACGGAUCCAAGCUGAUGGUCGAGUUGCAUCAGUCGUGUGAAGAUACAAAAUAACUCUUUAAUAACAUUAAUGAUUGACUUUUCAAAAACAGGCCACAGAUAUAAACCGAUCAGCAGAUCAGAGAAUAAACAGAACAAAGUGAAAGUAUAAACUUGAUAUUUACUUACAAUUACGAACAAAUAACAAAAUGUAGCCGACGUGUCACUGACGUAAGUGAUGACAUCUUCGUGUUGUGGGAAUGUAUGGAAAUAUUAAAUAUCAACUUCAAUACAGUAAGAAAUAUUUAUAAUACAUAAGUAACACUGAAACCAUCCAUCAUAUAGUCGUGUACUCAUUUUUAAAUAAAACCGUCAGUUUAAAUAUCUAAAACUCUACUGGUUCAACUAAAAUAACUAAAACUAAUAACUAAGUUUGUCAAAUAAAUGAUUGUACACUGCAGUCCGACAUUAAAUGAUCUAUCUCUUUAUUAGGAAAAAAAAGUAUCACUAACCUUGGUUUUAUGAAAACAACAAAAAGAGCCACAGAGGAAUCAACUCUUUAAAUACGUCUCAACCGUCGGAUGAUAAACAUCAGUUAAAUAACAAUGACUCCAUUUAUUUGUGUUUGUACGUUAACGUUAAAUAUUCAUAUUUAUCAGUCACUGUAGUUUUUAGAUGACGUUAAAAAGAAAACGACAACAACACUGUCAGAGGUCAAAGGUCAUGAUUCAUUGUUCAGUGUUGUAGUGAAACAACGUCUUUAUUUUAUUCACUUAAAGGUCAAGUGUGUAAGAUUCAGGUGCAAGGAUCUAUUUGUAGAACCUGAAUAUAAAAUAAUCCCAGUGAUGUUUUCACUUGUUUCAUCUAAAUUCUACUAAUUGUUUUCUUCACCCUUUAUAUAUAAAUACUUUACAUUCAAAUACUUUAAAUUAACUACUUUAUAUUUACA